AUGGAUCACUUGGGUCCUUUCGUAAAGAGUUCGAGAGGUAAUCAAGAACUAUUAGUGAUAAUUGAUAACAUGACUAGGUUCGUGAGAAUUUUUGCAGUUAAGAAUACUAGUGCUAAAAAUGUUUUACAGUCUUUGAAGAAUUUUGUUAAUGAUUUUGGACUACCGGAAAGAAUAAUAAGUGAUAGAGGAUCUUGUUUUACUUCUCACCAAUUUAAGCAGUAUUGUACAGAUAACGGAAUACAUCAUACUUUGAAUUUUAUCAAACAGCCCCAAGCCAACGGUAUGGUAGAGCACGUCAACAGAAAAAUUUUAGGAACGAUAAUGACAAGUUGGAUGGAUAAACAACACAGAGAUUGGGAUUAA